AGUAUGGACCCAGUCACAGAAGCUGUCACAGAUCUUUUUGUGCUUUGUGGCAUCAUCAUAAUAUCAUCAUCAUCAGCAAGCAAGUGCUCUAAAUCCAGCCCUCCCCAAAUUUGGCCUGAAACACGGCAAGAUUACACUUCCCAGCAGUGUCAUGAGCAAAUCUACAAGAAGACUUAAGUUCAAGAUCAGUGAUGAAUCUUGGGAGCCAUCUUUCUCACAUGGGAAUUCGAUGGACCAUCAUCAUCACAAGCAUGGCACUAUUGAGAGCAACGGCAAAUCUGGUUGCUUCUGCCACUGUUCAUAGAAGACCUGUCUACUAGCUAGCUAGAGCAGUCUGUUGGCGUUUCUCCCUCUUAUCAAUACAGUACUGUAAGGAGACCUGCAUGAUUCCCUUAUUCAGCUGUGCAUUCUCUUAGCAGUUAGAUUGCAGACCAGCCAGAUAGCAUCGAUAGUGGGAAUCAUCAAGCACUAGCCAUUAGUCUAGUGUCUAGUGUCAGCGGCUGAAGAAACUCCCGUACCCUUCCAAGAAUUUGCUCUCUCGUGCCUUACGCACGUGUUGGUUGGAGUUAGCUUCAGGAGAGGAAGAGUAAUACGGAGGGGUAGCAGAAGACCCUAAAGAAGACCUGAAGCUCUAUCCCUUGGUAUAUCACCGUAUACCCACAGCUCAGUGACCAGAAGCCGUUUCUUCAGAGCACCAGAAGGUGUUAUUAUAGUUGGCUUCCUGAUCAGAUCAGGAGAUAUUGGUGCCCAGUUACCCCUUGGAUACCCUUUGGCUUGGUCUUAAGCUGGACUUAAGCUGGACUUAAGCUCGGGUCAGGUCAGUUCUACCCAUCAGUCAUCAAUUGGGAAGAUAAGGCAGCAUCGGAUAAGACAAAAUAAGAUGAUUGCUGAAGAACCAAUUCGCGAAGAUGAGGAGGAGGAGGAAGAAGAAUCGGGGAGUGGGGAGGAAGAAGAGUCGAGCAGUAGCAGUAGUGGGGAGGAAGAGUCAGAAUCGGGAUCGGAUUCCGAAGUGGAAGAGUCUGUCAAGGACUUGCAAGAAGAAGAAGAAAAAGACAGCGAAAGCGAGGAGGACAAACCCAAACCCAGACCAAGUCCCCGUCGCGCCAAACGGAUCAUUAGCGACAGCAGCCACCGUAGCAACAACCAAAACAACGACAACAUGAAUACGAGCCGAAAUAGCACCAGCAGCCGAAAUAGCACUAGUAGUAGCAGUCGAACCGAUGCGCUGUCCCGACUGGGAAGCAGUCACAAACCCAAAAGUCCGGAGGAAAUCGAUCCCAAUUCCGAUCGACCCAGUCUGUUUCGAAGCAACACGGGGGAUGCCAUGAAACGUCCCAUGCGAAAACCCGUCUCUCGAAGUCUCAGUGGUGACGGUGCCAUGAGACAAAGCAUGAUGGCCAAUCGAGCCAUGAGUACCCGCGAUUUCGGAUCCGGUGGACGGGGACUCGGUGGACGGGGACUCGGUGGACGUGGACGUGGACGUGGACGUGGUUUUGGACGAGGCCGAGGAAUGCCGGCCAAAUCCAUGUCGACCCGUUUUGUGGCAUCCACACGGGCACUCUUCAAGUUGGGAGACUUUGAGGAAGAUGAACCGGAUCCACAUAUUAUUGUCUACAUGGGACGAGAAAUAAAGGGUGAAGAUCUAUUUGAUGACGAAUGGAUUCAAGAUGCACUCGAUGAAGAAGCAGGGCUCAAGAGUAUGUCCGCCUCUCGCAUGAGCAAUAGCAAUCGACGAUCCAGACUCAUGGGCAAUAGCAGUCACAGUCGACAAACCAGACGGAACAGUGAUGACAAUAAAAAUAAUAGUGAUAGCGACAGCUCCUCGUCAUCGGACAGCGACAAUGAUGAUGAUGAUGAUGAAAACAACAACAGCAGCAACAACAUGAAAGAUGGAUCCAUGCCGGAUGCUUCAAAUGUAUCGGCGGGAUCUCUACAAGAAAGCAAAAACGACAACAAUAACGACAACAGUAACAUGGAUGACAGUGAUAGCAAAAGACGACAACAACGACGUGCCAAUCGACGACUCGGCAAUGGGUCCUCUCAACGUCGAAGACCCCAACGAACCAAGUCGUCCGAUCCGGCCAUUAAUCCCGUUGCACGAGGAACACCCGAGAAACGAGGGAUUUCGCGGUCCAAGACAUUCGAUGGCACAAAAACAUCCGAAAUUCUACCAAGACGGAGAAAACCAAAACGCAGUCGGAGUGCCAGAAACCUCAUGAAGAAAAACAACAAGGAGGAUUUACUACAGGCAUUCCAAGAGUUCCUCGCCAAGGGAGGAGCUGUCGUCGCCACGGGACGAUUGGACAACAAUUUUCUAUUCACACAAACAGAAUUUCCAACAGAGUUGGAACCGCGAAGGCGGGUGCGGCCGACAUCGAGUAAGAAAAGGGCACAAUUCGAAAAAUUGGAUUACACUCCCCAGGAUAUCAACGAUGUGCUGUUUGAAGACGAUGAAACGUUUCAACGACUCAAGCGAGUGCUCACGAAAAAGGGAGCCAUCACCAAUGGUGUGCUCCAACAACGAUUACACAUUUUUCUCAAAAAGGCCAAAGAUCGACAAUCCAAACUCAUUGCGAAACGAAAGCAGGAAUCGGCGCUCAAUGGAGAUGACAGCGAUGAUGACGAGGAUCCCAAUACCAAUCUGCAAUCUACACAACCCGAUUGGUUCGCUACCAGUAUGAUGGACAUGUUCACAUCGGUUCGCAAACUAACCAGCGACGGUCCGGAAGGUCUUCCCAAUGGCGCGCCCAAAGCCAAUGCUGCUCCACCCAGCUUUCAACGACGGGCACUGCCACGCGCUCAAAUGAUGAUGGCAAAAAAAUCCGGCAUGGCAGGUGCCAAAAAGUCCAGUAAACAGCUCAUGAUUUCCGUGGAAGAAGACGAAGAAGACGAGGAAGACCUACCGUGGGGUGGUGGCAAGGCCAAGAAAAAACCAGCCACCGAAGACCUCCCCUGGGGCGGGACGAAGAUUUCUACCAAAGACGACACGGAAGACCUACCUUGGGGCGGGACGAAAAAGACCACGACUACCAAAGAUGACACGGAAGACCUCCCUUGGGGCGGGGCGAAAAAGACCACGAUACCUGCCAAAGAGGAAACGGAAGACCUCCCUUGGGGCGGGACGAAAAACGCCACGAUACCCGCCAAAGAAGACAAGAAAGACCUACCUUGGGGUGGGAUGCCGAUCUCGCCCAAGAAAACCACGCUAAUGGUUGCCCUUGAAGAAGACGAAGAAGAGGACAAGACAGAACGCGACCGCAGCAUGAAGGAAAACUCGAAGAAUUCCACAGGCAGCAACCUGUCUUCCAGACGAAGCAACAAUCAUGAUGACGACGAUAACGAUAACGACAAAAGAGUCAGCUACGUCGACAAGAAUCAGAAUCUGAGAGGGGAUAGUUUGCUGGGAGGAGGAAGGUCCGUUUCGCCCGUCAGGAGCAAUAGGCUUGCAUCCACUCCAUUGAGACGAAACUUCACUCCGCCAGCUGCGAAAACAACACCAGUCAUGUCCAAUUUGAGUGGCCACAGUGUGGGUAGCCAGAGCACCAUGGGCGGUCACAGCGUUGGCAGUCAAAGCUUGAGCAAACCACCCUCCACCCGAAGGCACCCAUCCACCAGGACCCAGUCCGUACGAGACAGCACUUCGACUUCUUCGGAUUUGGACAUGGAUUUGGCUGCUCUCGUGCUUCAGCCCAAAUGUCUCGAUGAUGAACUCUCGGCUAGUCAGCGUCCAAUGGCAUUGGACUUGAGUCAAACCUUUCAACAACCACCGCAAGGAUUCGUCAAGUGUAUUGAUGACGAGUCAACACGGGGCGAAAAGCCCCUUCAGCUAGAUUUGACAGGGGAGAAAACAGGAAAAUUGCUGGUGGAACCCAAACACGAUCCACUGCUAUCGCAUACACCCAACAACACCAUCAACAAAUCGUCACGGUCUAGCCGAGGCAGUAGCGAUCGGCGGCGCAGCUCCCGAGCUCCUCGAGUCUCCUCCACAAAUGGCACUGGAGCAACGCCUGACAGCGGUGGAAGGGAUCGUCGAAGACGUCCACGGGCUCAACGAAGUAUGGACGGGACGACGGAGAGAAUUCGACGGAAAUCCAGCAGGAGUCCCAGCGCUCCUAGUAGCGCUCCUAAAAGCGCCGAAGAUCAAGUGCCACCCCUCCAGGUCAAGAGUGCGGACAAAGAAAGACCCAGACGGCACAGGAGCAGCACGCGAAAAAGCUCCACCGGUGGUGGUGGGUCGGGGAGCGGACCUCCGCCUCCUGGAUUGCUGGUGGGAUGGAAUCAUUGACAGGCAUUCUUCCCUCAGUCCAUCUUGGGUGGACGUGAAUACUGCGAAUACAUGUGCUACUCGACAAUGAAGGCUUAGCGUGAACCAUGGUACAUCGAGUCGCACCAAUGCAAUUGACUAAUGAUUAUGAUGGAUCGAGCCAACGACUUGCCACAAUACGCAAUCAGACAUCAGUCAACGGCGUUUGCAUGGUGGAAUUGAUGGCAUCGUUUCGAUGAUUCGCUUCAAGACAGCCAGUCGAUUGCCUGUGGAGAAUCCCGCCCCGGACAGAAACAAGAAUUGUACAGCUUCAUAGAUUUUCAAAAAGUUCAUAAUGAUGGGAAUAGCCUGCUUUGAGCUACUGUACUUGCAUCUGCCUGACUCCGUCUGGCCUCUCUUAUUGCCAUUCAUACACUGCUGGGUCUGCUGGCUACUAGCUACCCGUAGCUACCAGGUAGGUAACGAUUCCUCGUCAGGAGGGAUUUCUCUACUAGCUAGCUAGCUACUAGACUAGUAGAGGGUGUGAACGGGGCAAAGCAAAAGGUUGUCAGAAUUCACCUCGGCAGGUAAACUGCCUGAGUUCUCAACCCCUUUACCUCGGCAGGUAAACUGCCUGAGUUCUCAACCCCUUUA